AUGGCCAACUAUUUACCAGCAGAUUGUCUUGAGAAAAUUUUAAUAUAUUUUUAUGAAGAUGUUAAAACUCUGCAUUCAUGUACCUUAGUUAACACUCAGUGGUGUGAAAGCGCAGUGGUAAUAUUAUGGAGUCAACCAUUUCGACUUUUACAUGCAUUUAGAGAUAAAAAAACUUACUUACCAUGGACAGAGAGAGCAGCCAGUCUUCUUAAAAUAUAUAUGUCAUGCCUUCAAGAUCAAGAAACAUGUAACCGUCAACCUCAUAAAUUACCUAUUUUUAAUUACAUUCAAUUCUUAAAAUGCUUAGAUAUUAGUGAAUUUUCAGAAGCAGUAUUGGGAUAUUUGCAAACAGGACAAGGUAAAUUCAUACAUCAACCAACCUUCUCUUAUACCAAACAUUCUUUCAACAUGAGCGUUUUUGGACAAACAGUAGUAAAACCCCAACGUGUGGGGUGUAAAAAGAUCAUGGCUUCCGCCUCAAUAAAUGGAUGUGACACCAUUACCGCAUAUUUGCUCAACACAGAUAUUCUUGGAAAACUUUUAAUGAAUCGUUCCGUAAUUAUUAAGUCUUUGUAUGUUACUAAUCAAAGAUCGUGUGCAAUAGAACCUCAUUUAUGGUUACAUACACUCUUUCCAAAUACCAAUCAUCGUUUAUCGCAACUAUCUAGUUUGAUCUGCACAACACCAUGCCACGCACAAUUAUUUCAUACACUUUCUAGAUUUGCUGUCCAUUUACAAACUAUAAAAAUUUGGAUGGACAUUCCACCCGCAAAAAUUAAUCAAAAAAAUUUGUUGAAACACGGAAUUGAAAGUCUUAAUGCACAAGUUGAAGGUAUUUCUAUAUUAAUUAGAUCUCAACAAGAAUUAAGGGAAUUUGAACUUGGAUAUACCGAAUUAGGAUUAAGUGAUAUUAUUUCAGCAUUAACCACCCAGAUAAAUUCGUUACGGAGUAUUACAUUUUUCAAAGUUAAUUUUAAGAAUUGGAAACCACUUCUUAAGUUACUUGAACUUGCAAAUUUAGAAGAGCUUUUAUUGAAUUCGUGUUAUUAUUUGCCAACUUGUAUUGCGAGUUUGUCAACUGGUAUUGAAAAUAUUACAAACGUUUAUGAAUUUGAGUCUAGAAUUGAAAAAUUGGAAAUUUCAUCUGCGCCAUGCGGAGUAAUUGAAUCUAUUUUACGUAGAGCAAACGUUAAUUUAAGUGAAUUGGUUAUUUCCAAUAUAUCUACACCACCUUCUACACUUAACACAACGAUUACUUCAACUAUUUCACAAUGUUGUCCUAAUUUAACAUUGGCAAAAAUUUAUAUUGAUGCCAAUUCAUUACCAUAUUUACAUACGCUCCUUCUUUCAUGUUCAAAAAUACAAACAUUAACAAUAUUUGGACCACGACAUCCAGAAAUAAAUGUAAAUAAAGUACUUCGAGAAUCAAGUUUAGUUAAUUUGAAAUGCUUGGAAAAUUUAUCUAUACAUUCAUGUUGGACAUAUACACCCGAAAGUUUGGAUUUAUUUUUAAGUAACCCUACAUUAAAGUUGAAAAAAUUAGAAAUUUUAUGGAGCGGAUGUUUUGGAAAUGAACAUUUAAAUGUUGUUUUGAAAAGAUUAUGUUUUAGAGGGACAGAAAUGAGAAGAGAAAGUGGGAAAGGGAUAAUACGUGGAGCAGAUCGACAAAGAGCUAGAGGUAGCCUAAUUGUUAAAAGAAAUAAUGGAUUAGAAUUAUUACAUAUACAGACGCAAAAAAUAUUAAAAUAUGAAAAAACGCGAGAAAUUAAAAAAUUAAUUAAAGACUUUAAAGUAGGUAAUUGGUAA